GAGGGGUGUCGGUGGUGGUGGUGAGGUACAACAGCAUGAUUGUUCCCUGCUUCUUCUCCAGCUUCUCCUUCAGUCGUAGAGUGGAGUUGGGAGCCAGGAUAGUGCACAUAUUUCGCAGAUCUCUUUCUCUUCAUCAAUCUUCACACGCGGGUGAAGACAGACGUAGAGAUUUGGAUGCAGGUUGCAUGUUGGCUGCUGUGCCUUGGCACGGCGGGUGCCCUCGUUGUGUUGCAGAAGGACCAGGUGGCCGAGCAAGCCAUCAAGCUUUAUCGGAGCAAAGGGGUGGCACACGGCCACAGCUGGGUGAAAAGCAACUGCAAGCUGCUGGUUGGACUCCUGCGUCAGAAGAAUGUGGUUGUCAGGAAGCUGACGGCCGCUGCUGAUGCUGUUGGACGAGACCGGAGCCUUUCAGAACCAGAGAGGCUCUUCCAGGUUCACACUCUGGAGGUUUUCCAGAAGGAGCUGAAUGAGAGCGAGCACCUGGUGUUCCAGGCGGUGCACAGCCUGCAGAGGGCGCUGCAAGGAGACUACAGGGAUGUGGUCAACAUGAAGGAGAGCAGCAGACAGAGGCGGGAGGCCCUCAGGGAGGCAGCCAUAAAGGAGGAACAGGAGUAUAUGGAACUGGUGGCUGCUGAGAAGCACCAGCAGGACGCUAUUAAGAGCGCUUUAGCCCAGAAUAAGACUCUGUCCAUGCUCGAUGAGAUCCUGGAGGACGUCAGGAAGGCAGCGGACCGGCUGGAAGAGGAGAUUGAGGAGCACGCCUUUGACAACAACAAACAGAUGAGAGGAGUAAAUGUUGAGGCAGUGUUGAGAGUGGACGAAGACGAUGAGAAUGGAGGGAAGAGGAAGAACAAGUCCAAGCAGAAGGAAGUGGAGGAUGACCUGGGACUGAGCAUGCUCAUCGACUCGCAGAACAACCAGUAUGUCCUCACCAAACCACGAGACUCCACGAUGCCGAGGGCAGACCAUCACUUCAUCAAGGACUUGGUGUCGAUUGUGAUGUUGUCGCUGCCCUGUGGUUGGAUCUGCUCUCUGGUCGGUCUUCCUCCAAUGUUUGGAUAUAUCAUCUGCGGGGUCCUGCUCGGUCCCUCAGGCCUCAACAGUAUCAAGUCUAUGGUCCAGGUGGAGACUCUGGGGGAGUUGGGUGUGUUCUUCACUCUCUUUGUGGUGGGAUUGGAGUUCUCACCUGAACGACUUCGAAAGGUAUGGAAGACAUCAGUCCAGGGGUCGUGCUACCUCAGUUUGUUAAUGGUGGGGGCUGGUUUGUUGUGGGGACAAAUCCUACAUAUUCGACCCAUCCAGACUGUCUUCAUUUCCACUUGCCUGUCCCUGUCCAGCACUCCACUAGUGUCCCGCUUCCUGGCCGGGGGGAGCAGAGGGGACAAAGAAGGUGAACUGGACUACAGCAGCGUUCUCCUCGGGAUGUUAGUGAUGCAAGAUGUUCAGCUCGGACUCUUCAUCGCCGUCAUGCCGAGUCUGAUCCAGGCACAGAGUGGAGACGUGGACAGCUUCCUGUUUGGAAGUCUCCGCGUGUUUUACCUCCUGGCUCAGGUCCUGGUCUCUCUGGCUGCUGUUCUGCUGCUCUGUUUGUUUCUCAAAUCAUUCCUGAUUGGCCCCUAUUACAAGAAACUGCAUGCUGAGAGCAAAGGCAACAAGGAGAUCUUGGUGCUGGGGAUGGCAGCUUUUAUCUUUUUCAUGCUGACGGUGACAGAGCUUUUUGACAUUUCUAUGGAGCUGGGCUGUUUCCUGGCUGGAGCUCUGUUGUCCACACAGGGUCACAUGGUUACCACGGAGGUCAUGGGAUGCAUCGAGCCGAUCAGAGAUUUCCUCGCCAUCAUCUUCUUUGCCUCCAUCGGCCUCCACGUGUUCCCGACAUUCGUGGUGUAUGAACUCACCAUUUUGCUGGUGCUAACACUCACACUCGUCAUUAUGAAGUUCAUGAUGGCCGUACUGGUGCUGUCGGUCAUCUUGCCUCCAGGCUCUCGACACAUACGGUGGAUUGUCUCAGCCGGUCUGGCUCAGGUCAGCGAAUUCUCCUUCGUCCUGGGCAGCCGUGCGCGUCGAGCUGGCAUCAUCUCCAGAGAGGUGUACCUGCUGGUUCUCAGCGUCACCACCCUCAGUUUGCUGCUGGCGCCGGUGCUGUGGAGAGUUACCACACACAAAUGGGUUCCCCGGGCUGAACGCAAAACAGUCACAUGACCAGACCGGCUUCGAGUCGAAAAGGUUCCUGUGUAACUCCGACAAAGCCAACGGCGAGAAGCAGGAAUUAAGUCUUAUUUGGUCAUUCGGAAAGCUUGGACCAAAUCUUCCUCUUCUUCUUAAACAGACUCACUGUUUCACUUAAAACCUGGACCAUCCAAGUACUGAUACCCAAUGCUGUUUAAGCUCUUAAUUCAUAACACAUGCCAAAAUAAUGUCUAUAACAUUGCUGAACCCCUGCACUCUGUAAAAGAUUGACAUUAUCUGUGACUCUAAAGAACCGUUGAUCGGAAGCAGUUCGGUGGAGAAGCACAAGUACUUGAUAUCCUUCCAGUUCUGAUGCUUUUAAUGAAGAACAAAAACUAAUUUCUCUCUCUACCGUCUGUGUAAGUCAAUAGAAUUCCUCUUUUGUUUGAUCUUCAUCAGUUGUUUCUGCACUUCAACUUUAAGUUUUUCUAAUUCCUUGUAACAAUCAUAGAAACCAAAUCUUUUAUGUAAGAGUAAAACGUUUGGAUUACUUAAAUAUGGGAACAUUUUUGUAUAAUUUACAUUGCCUCCUACGUUUCACCAUCUCACGUUACUAUUACCAACUUUUAUGUUAUUGCAAUUGUCAGAUUCAUAUCCUUACUGAGGUGUAACUGUUCUAUCUGCUGUAUUUAAUAUAUGGCACUUGUAGUUUAUUGUAAUCAUUGCACUACUGUAAUUUAUUUUGUAUUUUACUUAAACUACAACAAAAGACUAUAUUUUUACAAAGACUAACAAGAACGACUAAAAAGACAUUAUUCGUUCUUUUUUUUUUUUGGCUCUCCAUUCUCAUCAAACCUAUGUAAAUUUUGAUAUAAUACACAUUAGUAAAAAGUAAGACAUGGAGAUAGUAUUAGAGAGCAACUCACAAGAACAAAAAAUGCUCAUCAGAAUUUAUUUACUAAUGUUACAAUAAAAGGAAAAUCCUGCACAAGUUACCAUUGAAUGUCAAAGUUAUGUGCCUGCACAACUCGGCUCUGCACUAAAAGCGAUCUUCUCCUGCUGUAAAUGUUCUUGUCUUAUCUUUCAUAAUGUGCAAUGUGAAAAUGUCUGUAUGUUUGUUAUAUUUUUUACUUAUGUUAUAUUUUGUUUUAUGUUUAACAAUUUCCUGCUGUAUGUCACACAGGAAUAUUUUUUUCUUUACUUUGUGUAGAGGAUUGAGUUUACAUUCUUGUGUUGGUGGCCAUCACUGACGCUCCCCCCGGCACAAACAAACGCUGUUUUCAUCAAAAUGUUCAUGUAUUUUUGAAAUUGUUGAAUUCAUUUAUUUAUUAAAAACAAAAAUAAGUAAUUUU